AUGUUUCUAAGUGAUGCAAUUUGGGGGAUUUUCUUCAUAUCUCAAAUUUGUAUUGGGUUCCUGGGGAACUCAUUGCUCUUCAUGUUAUAUAUGUACACCUUCUUAACUCAAUCUCGGCUGAAAAAGCCCAUAGAUUUGAUUUUCAUACACCUGACAUUAGUCAACGUUUUGACUAUCAUGUUCAAGUUGAUACCAGAUGCCACGUCGUCCUUUGGAGUAAGGCAUUUUCUGGACGAUGUUGGUUGUAAGGCGACUUUGUACACAUACAGGGUCACCCGGGGUCUUUCCAUCUGUACUACCUCCUUCCUGAGUGUGUUUCAAGCCAUCACUAUCAGUCCCAGCAAUUCUACAUGGAUGAGGCUUAAAUCUGAAAUCUCUACAUGCAUUUUUCCCUCUUUCCUCUUCUUCUGGAUCAUCAACAUGCUCAUCUAUAUCCACAUCAUCAAAACUGUGGAAGCCAAUCGCAAUGCCUCAUUUGUUGGUUCUGGGUAUUUGCAAGUCUACUGUCAAACCAAUCAGCUGGAACACCACCGUUCAAUGGCAUUUAUAACUGGCAUCAUAAUUCGAGAUCUCCUCUUUUUGGUCCUCAUGAUGUUGUCCAGUAUCUACAUGGUGAGUCUGCUCUACAAACACCGCCAGAGAGCCCAGCAUGUUCACAGCCCCAGCCUGUCCUCCCAGACGUCUCCGGAAAUCAAAGCCACCCACAAUAUUCUUUUGCUGCUAAGUUGCUUUGUUUUCUUUUAUUCCUCAAACAACUUCAUUGCCCUUUAUUCUUUUUAUAGACCUGAGAAAAUCCCGAGACUGGAGAGAAUUACUGGGAUUCUUUCAUCAGGCUACCCAACUGUCUGUCCUUUUGUGCUAAUGAAAAAUAAUAAGAUUACCUUCAGAUUUACUUCUUUCAUUUCAAAGAUGAGACCUAUCUUUUCUCGAAAAAUGGUCAGUAGAUGA